AAUCCUCUUUGCUGCUCUCCUGGGCGUCAAAACUCUCUCUCUCUCUCUCUCUCUCUCUCUCUCUCUGUGCUUUCGGAAUCGAGCUGGACUUCCCGUGGAAUCUCUCUCGGACGAGUCAGUGAGUCGCCCCGCCGCGUCGACUCCGGCGGGUGCGUCGCCGGCUCUCCUCCGGCAUCCAAAGGGGGUCAAUUCUCUUUGCCCCGGCAGCCGUCGUCGCCGAGGUGAUCAGUAGAUGACACAGAUUUUGAGUGCUUUACAUUGGAAGACUGAGAAAUAACUAAUAUGGAUCCAUCACAGAAUACCAUGGCAAGCAUGGGUGUGAGUGGUGGGAAUGGGGUGAUAAAUCCCCAAAAUGAUGUUACUUCAGCUUCACAAGAUGAUCCGAAGCAGGACCUCAAUCAGGUCAUCAAUUCUAUCCAGAAAACUUUGGGUCUCCUCCAUCAACUCUACCUCAAUGUCUCAUCCUUCAAUACUGGCCUUCAACUCCCUCUCCUCCAGCGCAUAAAUUCUCUUGUCUUGGAGCUCGACAACAUGGUUAAGUUAUCAGAAAAGUGCCACAUUCAGGUUCCAGUGGAGGUCCUCAACUUGAUUGAUGAUGGCAAGAAUCCAGAUGGAUUUACAAAGGACAUCAUCAAUGGUUGCAUUGCAAAAAAUCAAAUUACGAAGGGAAAAACUGAUUCCUUCAAGGGUCUACGGAAGCAUCUUCUAGAGGAACUUGAUCAAGCAUUCCCAGAUGAAGCUGAUUCUUUUAGAGAGAUAAGAGCAGCUUCUGCUGCUGAAGCGAAGCGGCUAGCUCAAGCGCAAAGUUCCUUGCCAAAUGGCGAUAUGAAGGUUAAAGCUGAACCAUAGGCGAACCAGUAGCUUAUACCAAAAGACACUGUAAGCGCCUCUGUGAAUUCGCCACCCCUUUCUGUCACUGGAGAAAUAUAAGGCAUCAGUAAUCUAGAUAUCUGCAGUUAAGGCAUUUCAACGAGUGUAUUGAUGCCUCAGCUUCUCUUAGGAUGAGGCAAAGGCUUUCCAUGCUACCCACCUUAUUGGCCGUUCAUUAUGAAAGUGUCAUGGUUCUCGGGACUAAUACAGUUGUAACUAUGAGAUUUGGAAAUGCUGAUAAGGCAAAUUUACUUUGGGAAACCAAUUGUGUCACGGCACAAUUUAAGAGUUAAUGAUGGUUGCAUGCUU